CGCCAACUGCCAAUUUAUGUUUACGUUGCAUCAUAAAUCGGAUUGACUGUUGAUGUCUGAUAUAAUUUCAUUGCAAAGUUGACUGAAUCCUGAAUCCAAAUUAGUCGUCGUUUACAGUAUUAAGAAUCUGUGAACGCCUGCAAUUCAGUGAGACGAUGGUUAGACGAAAAGUUACUCCAAGUUCAACAAACAAGUCUUCGAAGAAAAGAGCAAAUAAAGACAAUACAACUGUAAUAGUGAGUAAACAUAAACGGAAGAGCCAUGUGCUGCAGGAAAUUAGACAUCUAAGAAGAACCACACACUUUCUCAUACCUAAACUAUCUUUUGCACGUUUAGUCAGAGAAAUUAUCAUCGACAUAUUUCCCAGAGAGAAUAUCACCAAGAUACAAGCCACUGCUCUUGAAGCCUUGCAAGAAGCGACUGAGAUGUAUCUCGUGCAAUUCUUUGAAGAUGCAGUAUUACUGGCAUUACAUGCUAAACGGGUCACUCUUAUGCGAAACGAUAUGAUUUUAAUGCGCAGGCUAAGAGGCCGCAAUGAUAUCAUCAAUAGAUAAGAAUUGUAUUUUAUAUAAUUUUAGAUAGACCAAUGUUUCAAAUACCUUAAGAUGCAUUAAGAUUAAACGAAUUCUUUCCCUUCGAAUAAGUUUUUUUUCUGAAUAAGAGGCAAUAUUUUUUGC